AUGCGCGCCCACCGCCUCCAGCUCCUUCUCCUGCACGCCUGGUGGACCCUGCUCCAGCCGCGCGCCGGGAUAGUGGACACCUUGCCUCUGUGGACGCGGGGGCAGCCCUCGUCGCCGUCCCCUCUGGCGUACAUGCUAAGUCUCUACCGAGACCCGCUGCCCCGGGCCGACAUCAUCCGCAGCCUGCAGGCACAAGAUGCAGAGGUGAAUGGGCAGAACUGGACCUUUGCUUUUGACUUCUCCUUUCUGGAUCAAGAGGAGGAUCUGGCAUGGGCUGAGCUCCGGCUUCAGCUGCCCAGCCCUGUGGACUUCCCCUCCGAGGGCCAACUUACCAUUGAAAUUUUCCACCAGGCAAAGCUGGACCCAGAGCAGGACCCAGCAGGUUGCUUGGAGCGCAUUAGGAUGGAACUGUUCACCAUCACUCUCUCUCAGGUCACUUUUUCCUCAGGCAGCAUGAUCCUGGAGGUGACCAGGCCACUCUCCAAAUGGCUAAAGGACCCCAGGGCACUGGAGGUGCAGAUGUCCAAUCUGGUUGGAGAGUGCUGGCAUCAGUCCCCCACCCCGCCUGCCACUGUCACUAGUACCAAUGUACUCCUCCUACUCUACUCCAAUGUGCCCCAGGAGCAGAGGCAGCUGGGUGGCGCCACCUUGCUCUGGGAAGCUGAGAGCUCCUGGCGAGCUCAAGAGGGACAGCUGUCUGGGGAGAGGGGCCCAUGGAGCAGAAGGCACCGUAGACAUCACUUGCCAGACAGAAGCCAACUGUGUCGGAAGGUCAAGUUUCAGGUGGACUUCAACCUUAUUGGAUGGGGCUCCUGGAUCAUCUAUCCCAAACAGUACAAUGCCUAUCGCUGCGAGGGCGAGUGUCCUAACCCUGUGGGUGAGGAGUUUCACCCCACCAACCACGCCUACAUCCAGAGCCUGCUGAAACGCUACCAGCCCCAUAGGGUCCCUUCCACUUGCUGUGCACCAGUGAAGACCAAACCGCUGAGCAUGCUCUAUGUGGACAAUGGUAGAGUGCUUCUGGAGCAUCACAAGGACAUGAUUGUGGAGGAGUGUGGGUGUCUCUGA